AUGGCAACUGAAACUAUUCCAUUGAAGCGCAUUACUUUAUAUAAAAAUGAUUUAGGUUAUUUUGAGCGAACAGUUCCUAGUUCAAGAUCAGCAUCAUUUAUUUCGGUUGCUAAAAAACACAAGAAAUUAGUGAUUGAUACGCUAUGUACAACAGCAAGUACGGUAGCAUUUGAUACAGAAGAGCAUGAUAAAUAUGUCGCCGAAAAUACGGCUGAACACUAUUUUGCUUUCAAUGAUUUUGCAUCAUCAACUUCGUUUGCUGCUUUUCUUAAAACAUGUAUUGGAGCUGAACUAGCAUUCUCUUGUCAAGGUGAAAACAAAGAACAAUCAGGUCAACUGGUUAUGCUUGAUGAAAUCAAAGCAUUACUGAGUCCAAAUUCAACAGAAACACGGAAAGAUUUUGUUCUUCAAGUUUUGAAUAAAGAUGGAUUCAUUCGUCACUUUGAUUUUGCAUCAAUUAAGAGUAUUAAACUUACUGAUCUAUAUUUACAAGAACAACUUGAGAAAGUCUUAAAAAAGACAUUGCAAAAUAAGAUACCACAAUUAAAUACAGCCUCUAAUUAUAUUCGAAUCUUGUUCAAUAGCGAUGAUUCAUUAUCAUGUUCAACAACAGCUACUGUUGAUAAGUCAAAUAUUCUUAAUGUAUCUUAUUGUUAUGCAACAAAAGAAUGGCAUUGCUUAUAUCGAUGUGAAAUCGAUUCAUCUUUGCCAAACAGUAAGGCUUCGACAGUUGGUCUAACUUUGUUUGGUUCAGUGAAUAAUCCAACGGAAGAAGAUUGGUCUCAAGUUGAACUUAUGCUUGUUGCUAAUGAACUUGAAAUAUUAAAUAAUAAUAAACCAACGCUUACGACUACUAGUAAUCGUGAAGGAUCAGAAAGUUCGUCCGGUGGUAUGCAAAUUUUCAUUAAAACUUUGACGGGUAAAACAAUUACAAUAGAAGCUGAUCCGUCAGAUAGAAUUGAAACUAUCAAAGCAAAAAUUCAAGACAAAGAAGGUAUUCCUCCAGGUCAGCAACGUUUGAUAUUUGCUGGAAAACAAUUGGAAAAUGAUAGAACACUAGCUGCUUAUAAUAUUCAAAAAGAGUCUACUUUACAUUUGGUACUACGAUUGCGUGGUAGUGCAGAUGACGAUAGUGAGCCAAUCGCUUACAAACGUAGAAAAAUUACUACUAAUGUGAAUGUUGUUGAUGAUGAUGAUGAUGAAAACUAUGAAUCCAUUGAUUCGAGUCAAAUGAGUGGUUUUAGUGAGCAUGUUGUUUAUAAAAUAAAUACACCAGUCAGCAUUAAAUCGCAUGAAAGUGUGCUAAUAACGAUCAAUAAAUGGCAAAUGGAUGCACAAUUGGUACUUUAUUAUGAUCCAAAAAUCAAUGAUUUAAAUGCAAUCAAAGCUGUUCAUUUGCGAAAUAACAGUGGCAUUGUAUUAGCACCGGGAAGUAUUGCUGUUUUAGAUCAUGGACGUUUCGUUGCUCAAUGUGCUUUUACACCAAUGUUACCUAAUGAUGACCAAUUGAUUAAUUAUGGUUUAGAUUCAACUGUAUCUAUUCUUCGUACAACUCCACUAGCACUUCAAGAAGUUCACACAGAAAGUGUUGAUAUAAUUUAUUCCGAAGUUGAUAAGGUCAAUUUAAAUGUUGCUCCAAAUGGCAUUGAUCUUCAACAGAUCUACAUAAAACGAACACGCUAUUUAAUUAAAAACAAUUCUUUAGAUCGUCCCGUAGACAAAUUCUACAUCGACCAUGUUGCCGACCCAUCAUUGGGUGGUUAUCUUGUAACAACACAAACGAACUGUAUCAAGUCAGUUAUGGGUUUUAGUCGUUUUGAAUUAAAACUUGAACCGCAACAAGAGAUUGAAUUUAUUGUUGGCGAACAAGCAAAGCAUAGCAAAAAAAUCUUUCAAGCAUCAGGCCUUGAAUCAUUUCUAGAAAAGCAAGUGCCGGAACUUAUCCAAUUGAAAUUAAUCGAUGAGAAAACAAUUGAUUUACUUGGAAAAAUUAUAAAAUAUAAAUAUGUUGAGCAAGUUCUUCGACAUAUGAUUGACAGUACAAUAACUGACAGUCAAAUUCGAACAUGGACACCAAAACGUGAUUUAAUACCAACAUCAUUAUUUGAUAAAUCGGUUGCGAUUCUUGAUACACAAAUGAAUAUACGUCAACUUGAAACAAAAAUUAAAUCACGCGAAGCAAAUAUUAAAUCAAUAUUUGAAAAUCAAGAGCGCAUCAGACAAAAUAUUAAAUCAUUAGAAAAAAUUGAAAAAUCUGAUUUAAUGACGCGUUACUUGAAGGAUUUAAAUACAGAAGAAGAUGACCUACAAGCAACACGACGCGAAAUAAAAGUAAGGCAAGAUGAAUACAAUGAAAAACAACGAGAGUUAGAAGAACAGCAAGCAUCGCUUAAGCAUGAAGCAAAAGAGACACAAACAAAUCUUCGCAUGUAA